UACACAUCCACCGAUGCAUCAUGGAUUUUGAUGCUUCAGAUGCGCGUCCGUUCAAGAAGAGACGCUUCUUUGUCGACGACAAGCACGAUGUCGCCCACCCUGCGGACGAACCCUUGAGCGUUGAUGCGUCGACACCAUCUUCAUCGCCCACGGAUGGCACUGCACUUCUGAAUGGCUCCCUUGCGGUGUCUCGAGAAGAGAACCCUCAUGCUACAGGCACGGCCCACUCCCUCGAACGCCGCGAGGAAAAGAUUGCUCUUCGAGUAGAACAAGAGGGGAUGGAGAGAGAUGGAUUCGAUACAGCAACAUUCGCUAGCAUUGUUGGCGAGACUCUUCCACCGGAAGUGCUUUCGAAAAUUCGGAAAGCGUCCGGGGGUAACCUGGAGAGAGCAAUCAACAUCUACUUUGACGGAUCCUGGAAGACUGCAGGCACCACUGGAGCAACGCAGACAACAUUGACGGCCCGCGAACGAGUGAUGUCUACACAAUCAACACCCUCCACCACCACCACCACCACCACCACCACACCUAUCCCGGACGAUACGCCGAAAAAGACCAAAGUGGAACCGCUCAGCCAACAAGUUCCACGCACGAAAUCUCAACCUCCCCUAAGAUACAUCGGAGCGUUUGGUGUUGGGGCCUGGGCAACUACAAGUGGCCUUGGCUUGCUUAAACAUGGGGACUCUGUCAACAUCGAGCGAGCGAGGUCCCAACCUCUCUCAACCCGCGGCCGUACUGGAAAACUCCGGGUGAAUCAAAAGAGCGACGUGCUCACCAGGUUUACCAAUGACGAUGGCCAGGAGAUUGGCAGGCUGCCCCGAGAGACGGCCGAAUGGGUGUCGACCUUGAUUGAUCAGAAAAUUUGCAAGUUUCGGGCAGUCUGCGUGUUCGCUCCCGACCGGAUUCGAGUAAACGAUACCAUCUACUUGCAGUUGUGGUGCUAUCUACGCAUUGAGGCGUUUCAACCCCGCAUUCUCUCUCAGUCAGUAGACGACAACCGGGAAACAAACCUCUUCGAGGAAGCAGAAAGCACUGAAGAGAAACAGUUGCGUCUACGCCAAGUUGCUCUGGUGAAGCUUUUUGAUGAAAUUGGACUCCAUCCCAUGUCCCUGGAUGACACGACAAAGAAGCAUAAGAAAGAAGGGUUGCUUCGUGCAGCGGAAAUGGCCGAGCAGGAGAUUUCCACCCAAACGAGCAAGUCAGGAAACAAUGAUUCCGACGAAGAAGAGACUGCGGAGCUGGAAGAAGAUCAACUUGAUGCACUCUACAAAAAAGCCCAGUCCUUUGACUUCAACAUGCCCGAAGCACAGCCCCCCUCGACCUUCGUCCUGAACCUGCGGAAAUACCAAAAACAAGCGCUCUAUUGGAUGCUUGCGAAGGAAAGGGACAAGAAAUCCGGAAGGGAAGUUUCCAUGCACCCACUGUGGGAGGAUUACAUUUGGCCGUUAAAAGAUGUCGAUGACAAGGAACUUCCAACGGUUGAGGGUGUAGAGCACUUCUAUGUCAACCCUUACUCGGGAGAGCUUUCGCUCGAUUUUCCAGCCCAAGAACAACAUUGUCUUGGUGGUAUCCUGGCCGACGAAAUGGGCUUGGGCAAAACCAUCGAGAUGCUCAGCCUGGUUCACUCUCACAGAAACAUGCCUCCAAGACAAGGCCCCGCUGGCUCCGGUGCCACUGGCGGAUUAACAAGACUGCCUGGCCCUACGGGUGUGGUUCCGGCGCCGUAUACUACAUUGGUCAUUGCGCCAACGUCGCUUCUUGCACAGUGGGAGAGUGAGGCUUUGAAGGCCUCGGAGCCCGGAUCAAUGAAGGUGUUGAUGUAUUAUGGCACGGAAAAGGCAGUUAAUUUACGGGACCUAUGCUCUGCCGGCAAUGCAGCAGCUCCCAAUGUUAUUGUGACGAGUUAUGGAGUUGUUCUGGCGGAAUACCGGCAACUGGCAUCGACGACUUUGGCGGCCUUGACCCCGGGGGGGUUAUUUUCUCUAGACUUUUUCCGAGUCAUCCUCGACGAAGCCCAUAUCAUCAAAAAUCGCCGGUCAAAGACAGCAAGAGCCUGCUACGAGCUGAAAGCUACCCAUCGAUGGGUCCUCACGGGGACUCCUAUCGUCAACCGCCUGGAGGACUUGUUCAGCUUGGUGAGGUUCCUCAAGGUCGAACCGUGGAGCAACUUCUCCUUCUGGAAGACGUUCAUCACUACGCCGUUUGAAUCAAAAGACUUUGUACGCGCGCUCAGUGUCGUCCAGACGGUUCUCGAACCGUUGGUCCUUCGGCGCACCAAAACCAUGAAGACUCCCGAGGGGGAGCCGUUGGUGCCUUUGCCUAAGCGGACCAUCGAGAUCGAGGAGAUUGAACUCUCUGAACAGGAGCGAGAAAUAUAUGAUUAUAUCUAUACCCGAGCGAAACAAACCUUCAACACUAACAUCAAGGCUGGUACACUCUUGAAGUCCUUUUCCACAAUCUUUGCGCAACUUCUCCGUCUUCGGCAGACAUGCUGCCAUCCUAUCCUUACACGCAACAAGGCUAUCGUGGCAGACGAGGAAGACGCGGCUGCAGCUGCAGACCAGGAGAAUGAGCUUAAAGACGAUAUGGAUCUACAGGAACUGAUACACCGUUUCACGGAGGACACGCAAAAGGCGGGCUCGGAAGAAGCCCAGGAUUCCUCGAGCAAAUUCACCGCCCACGCACUGAGGCAGAUCCAAAGCGAAUCCAGCGGCGAGUGUCCUAUUUGCUCCGAAGAACCCAUGAUUGACCCAGCCGUCACUUCUUGCUGGCACAGCGCCUGCAAGAAAUGCCUUGAGGACUAUAUACGCCACCAAACAGAUAAGGGGGUAGCCCCGCGAUGCUUCUCCUGCCGAGGGGCGCUAUCCGCGCAGGACAUCUUCGAAGUGAUCCGUCAUCAAUCUGCCAAUGCAGAAGACGACGACUUAUAUAGCAGCAACCCCUCCCCCAAUCCACAACCGGCGCCGCCUCGCAUCUCCCUCCGUCGCAUCAACCCGCUCUCUCCAUCCGCCCACACCUCCGCCAAGAUCCACGCCCUCCUCAAACACCUGUCCCGCGUCCCCCCAGACACCAAAUCCGUCGUCUUCUCGCAAUUCACAAGCUUCCUCGACCUGAUCUCCCCGCAACUCACGAAAGCCGGCAUCACGCACGUCCGACUCGACGGCACCAUGCCGCAGAAGGCCCGCGCCGCGGUCCUCGCCCAAUUCAACCAACCCGAAACCUUCAACCCCGAAGAAAUCGACGAAGCCCUCAACCCGUCAACCAGGAACCCCACCCCGGCUCCGGCCCCGGCCCCCGCCCCCAGAGUCCUCCUGAUCAGUUUACGCGCGGGGGGCGUUGGUCUCAACCUAACGACGGCAAGCAACGUCUUCCUGAUGGACCCCUGGUGGAGUUUCGCUAUUGAAGCCCAGGCCAUCGAUCGCGUGUAUCGCAUGGGCCAGCUGCGGGACGUCUCCGUGACGCGGUUUGUCGUCAAGGAUUCGAUCGAGGGACGGAUGCUGCAGAUCCAAGAGCGCAAGAUGAAUAUCGCGGGGUCUCUUGGGUUAAUGGGGGGCGGGGAAGGAAAUGAAGAGCAGCGGCGCAAAGAGCGGAUUGAGGAACUGAAGUUGUUGUUUGAGUAGGGUUUUGUUUUGUUUAAUUGGAGAUGGAACUUCACAUACACAUAUAUUAUACAUACAUAUAUAUAUAUAUAAAGUUGGCUAGAAUAAUAUUCCCCUGGA